AAAACAAAAUAAUUUUGAAUCUGAUGAUCCUCGUAAUAUUUUAAGGAUCAUCAGAUUAAUUGUAAUAAUUAAUCAAAAAAAUUAAAGAUGAGAUCAUUAAAAAAUUUGUCAAGAAUUGCAAUUACUUUGCUUGCUUGUUGUUUUUUCUUGGAGAAUAAAGUGUAUGGAGAAAAUUACAGUUUUGAUUUGAAUGUGCAUUUGAAAAAUGCAUCAAAACCUGAAGAAUUAAUGAUUAAAAAGUCUGAUUUUCCAAGUGAUUUUGUUUUUGGGGUUGCUACUGCAGCUGCACAGAUUGAAGGAUCUGUAAAUGCUGAAGGAAGAGGAGAAAGCAUUUGGGACAAUUUUGUUAAGACAAAUCCAGUAAAAAUUGCGGAUCGCUCAAAUAUGACUACGGCAAUUGAUUCAUAUAAACGAUUUAUGAGUGAUAUAGAGGCCAUAAGCAAGCUUGGAGUAAAGUCUUAUAGAUUCUCUGUUGCAUGGACAAGGAUUCUACCUAAUGGGUCACUAAGUGGUGGAGUGAAUGAAGCUGGUAUUAGUCACUACAAUAAUCUCAUCAAUGAAUUAGUCAAAAGAGGUAUCAAGCCCUAUGUGACCCUUUUGCACUUUGAUUCUCCACAAGCUCUACAAGAGAAGUAUGGAGGAUUUUUGAGCCGAUCAAUGGUAAAAGAUUUCAAAGAUUAUAGUGAACUUUGUUUCACAAGAUUUGGAGAUAGAGUGAAGAAUUGGGUAACAAUCAAUGAGCCAUUGAUAGUUGCUCAAAUGGGAUAUGAUUUGGGAGUGGCAGCACCAGGCAGAUGUUCAUUUCCAUUUUUGGCAGGUCCUUGCACCGAAGGUAAUUCUACCACCGAACCAUACAUUGUCACACACAAUAUGCUUCUCGCUCAUGCAACCGCUGUUAAGCUCUACCGAAGAAAGUUCCAGAAAACACAAGGAGGAGAAAUUGGAAUUACUCUUGUUGGUAAAUAUUUUGAGCCUUACUCAGAAACAAGGGAUGACAUUGCUGCAACUAAAAGACUCAUGGAUUUCCAAGUAGGAUGGUUUAUGGAACCAUUAGUGUAUGGUCAUUAUCCAAAGAGCAUGAUUAGGAAGGUAAAGAAUAGAUUACCAAAAUUCACAUUGAAACAAAAGAAAUUGGUGCAAGGAUCUUUUGAUUUCAUUGGCAUAAAUUAUUACACAUCAAGAUUUGCCAAAAGUAAACCACCAAGCUUCCCAAGUCGCUUUACUACAGAUGCUUUAGCCACAGAAGAAAGCCAUAAAAUUAAUGGAAGUCUCAUUGGUCCUAAGGCCAAAGGAAGUACAUUCAUCUUCAUUUAUCCGGAAGGAUUGAGAAAACUUCUGUGUUUCAUGAAAGACAAGUACCAAAAUCCUAAAAUCAUUAUAACUGAGAAUGGCAUUACAGAAGUAAAUGAUCCUAACAAACCACUUGAAGUAGCAUUGAAUGAUCCACAUCGAAUCAUAAACACUCUUCGCCAUUUAUAUAAGAUCCAUCAAGCAAUGCAGUAUGGAGUGAAUGUGAAAGGAUACUUCUAUUGGUCAUUAUUUGAUGAUUUUGAAUGGGGAGAAGGCUUUCUUCCAAGAUUUGGGUUGUACUACAUUGAUUACAAGAACAAUCUCAAUCGUAUUCCUAAAGAGUCUGCUAAAUGGUUCAAUAGGUUUUUGAAUGGACAUUAAAAAUUAUGUACUAUAUGAAAAAGAUCUUCAGUCGAAUUUUAAGAUAGAAAAAGAUCUUCUGUUGAAUUUUUAUGAUGUCUCAUUCGACUAAUCUACAACUCUUUAUUAUAUAUAUUUUCUCUAGGUUAUUGUUUACAAAUGUUGUUUGCUCAAUUUAAGAAACAUAUUACACUAUUUUGACAAAAUUAAGUUGUUGAUUU